AUGGUUGAUUUGUAUAAACAAGGCAUCAAGCCAAACUAUUGGUGUUGGGAUUCACAUGGGGAGGAAGCUAUGAGUUCAAAUAAUAGAAAUACAAAUAACAUGAACAAGGAAGAUACAUCGAGUCAAUCUUUAUAUAUCGAGCCACAAAGAAAUCCAUAUGAGUAUAUGAUUUUUGAUGCAAUUGGGUCAGAAAUUAUGGGCCAAUUUGAGCAACCCAUCGAGGAACCUCCAAAGUUUUUUAUGAUUUGUUACAAUCUGCACAAAGACCAUUGGGAUGGUUGUGAUACACAUUCCGAAUUGUCUAUGGUUGUUAGAAUGUUGAGUAUUAAAGCCGAAAGGCAUAUAUUGCAACAGAGCUUUGAUGAGAUACUUCAAGUUAUGAACGAGGGUAUGCCUAAUGAUAACUUGCUCAUCCCUAAUUUUUACAGAGCAAAGAAGUUGGUAUCAAAACUAGGAAUGGAAAGUAAGGGUGGUAAGGAUGUGCGUUUAAAGCGUACGCAUUAUCUACCACUCACACCAAGAUUAAAGAGAUUAUACGCGUCUAUGAAUUCUGCACACCAUAUGAGAUGGCCUUAUGAGCAUCAACAAGUUCAAGGUGUCCUCGAACAUCCCUCAGAUGCUGAAGCAUGGAAGCACUUUGAUCUAACACAUCCAAAUUUCUCUUCUGAACCACACAACGUGAGACUUGGAUUAUGUGCUGAUGGGUUUGCUCCCUUUGGUCAUCUGGUUCUCAAUAUUCGUGUUGGCCUUCCUCACAAACCCAAAAGUAAGAUUGAUGUGUACUUGCAGCCUUUGAUUGAUGAGUUAAAGUUAUUGUGGGAAGAGGGAUGGAUGACUGCAGGAAAAUUGGCAUGUCCCUAUUGCAUGGAACGUACAAAAGCAUUUCAUUUGAGGCAUGGUGCCAAGACGUCGUGGUUUGAUUGCCAUAGACAAUUCUUGCCAAAUGAUCACUUAUUUAGAAGAAAUAAAGAUGCAUUUUAUAAGAAUAGGAUUGAAAAGUUAGAACCCCCUCCUAGGUUGAUUGGGCAGGAAAUAUGGCAGAGAGUUCAUAUGAACCCAAUGAUAAUUGAUAAUGAUGAAAUUCAAAUACUGACAAAACUAAGCAUUUUUUGGGAUUUGCCUUAUUGGAGCACUAAUUUGAUUCGGCAUAAUCUUGAUGUCAUGCAUAUUGAAAAAAAUGUGCCCGAUUAUGUGUUUAAUAUUGUUAUGGACAUUAAAGGGAAAACUAAAGAUAACAUAAAGGCAAGAAUGGACUUGAAAGAGUACUGCAAACGCAAGGACUUGGAAAUACAUGAACAAAGUAAUGGGAGGAUCAUAAAGCCCAAGGCAAACUACACAUUUUCUUUGGAAAAAAAAGAGCAAUUUGUGAAUGGGUAA